UCGAUAUUUCGAAUUAUUACCAAAUUCGACUCCUCUCGAUUUCCGGAAUCGAUUUCGAAAAUUCGACGAAUUUUGUGCCAAAGUCACAGCGCUCUGACGGAUCACACAAUGAAGAAAUCAGUGAUUCUUCUGCUCCUCGCCUUCUCAACAUGGUGCUCAGCUGAAAAUACUACGGACACACCAUCAACUGCCGACCCGACUGCCGGCAGUACCGACACCUCAGCGACUCCCAUGCCGACUGAUGCGCCAACUGCCGCUCCAGCUAACCCGCCACCGCCACCGGCAGCCCAGCAAAAAAAAUUAAAGCAGUACGACUUUUCGGGUCCACUGACCGAGUUGCAAGGAUCCUACUUGCUAAAGUCCAGAGAUCAGUCUCAAGCUCGUCCAUCGUGGGCUUCCGUUUGGUCCGUUACAGAAACCGAAAGAAAUUUUGGAAUCUACUUUUGGCCGCCGAAUUAUUGUCACGCAGUCUACCUUUGCCUUGUUCCUGCGAAGCUGUACGACGGAGAAAAUCAGCACUUUGACAGUUUCGACUGUGACACCAACUACAUCAAGUAUUAUCCACACAUCUCGAAGCUUCUCUACAAACCCAAAGACGGUGCCGAAGAAUCCUAUUUCUACGUGAAAAGCUCACUCCAAUUCCAGAAAUCAGACGAUAAACACGUUCUGAACGUGCUUGAAGCUUUGCCAGUUGGACAUUAUGAGUGGAAACAGAAGAAGGAAGAGGAUUUCAAAAAGUUGGAGAUUGAUUUCGAAGGAAAGGACUUGCUCAUUUUGACCAACAGCCGAAUGUGUGAGGUGAACAAGCCGGGCUCCAGGUUCCAUCCGAUUUUCGAUUUUGAAACUUACGAUAAGAAUGGAACAAUCAAGGAUUCCUGGCCAAAUUGGUUGUUCAAAAAUACUCAGACUAUUCCGACAGAUUCACUUCCAGCUCUUGGGGGACGCGAAAAGAGUAUUGAUUUGCUCGAGUUCCUGAAAAAGAGCACAGUGGCUGGAAACAAACUUGGAAACAUCGUCCAAAAAUGUGCCAUGUACGACAAAAUCGGAAUCACAAAACUGAGAAAACCGGCGUUCGAACGUGCUGUAUCGAUUUCCGCUCUGAGUUAUGAGAUUUUUGAGGCGAAUACACAGGCCAAUGAGACGACAAGAGAGUACGAGUUUACGGUGUCAAAUUGUGAAUGGAUCCGCAUCUGGGCCUCCGACAAAACCAUGAAAGAGUACGCAACUGCUAUGAAAGUCGACGAGACCCUUGACGUUUUCCUUUCUGCGGGAUACUACGUUCCACCGGAUUCGGAUCAAGCUUUGCCACUUCCAGACUAUCAUUUGAUUGAUAAGCUCAAGUUGACAGUGAUGAAAGAUCCUGCUGUUGCGGGAGACAAUCAUGAGCUGAUCGAAUUCGCAUUUGGCAGUGUCAACAACGCCUACCUGUUCCGCCGUCAUUUCAAGUCGAAAGCUUUUGGAGUCAAAAAUCUCAACAUCCACGUCAUUAGGUCAGAAAAAUGUGAAGCUAACAUUGCAGUGAAGCCCUCCUUCUAUGCUGGAUAUUCAAAUGAGCCGUACAACUACAAACAAGUCAGAUCUUGCGAGUUCAACUACAUCACGGAGCCGUCUUCUUGAACUGCGAAUUGCGUAGUUUUGCUUGUGACUUUUUUUGAAUAAAAAAUUUUGUAUUUU